AAAACUUCUGUUUAGUCUAAACUGUUAAUUUGAACAGAAUUUAGAAAAAUGUAUACUCAGAUUUUCUUCUUUGUCUGCUGCCUUUCCAGUCUGUUGUGUUCCAUCAGUGCAGGAGCUCCAUCAUCCUGUACACAUAAAGGAGUCACUCAUAAACAUGGUGAUGAAUGGGGAGAGAAGUGUAUCAAAUUUGGCUGUCAGCAGGGUAAAGUUAAAUUAAUAAAAGCAGCUUGUGACAGUGGUGCUAUAUGUAGAGCAAUAGGUAGUCACUGGACAAAUUAUUGCAUUGAUUACACUUGCCUCCAUAAAAAUGGUAAAUUAGUCGUUAAGAAACUUAACAUGCGAUGUGAAGGACAUGACCAUAAAUGUCACAAAUUUGGCGAAACGUGGAAUGAUACCUUACAUGGAAAAUGUACAGUACGAAAAUGUGUAAAAAAAGACCAUUUUGCUGUAACAAUUAAGGUAUCUGAUUGUUAAAUACAGAUUUAACAUAAAAUUGAACUUUCUUGCUGAUGCAAACCAUCAUCAGUUUGCUGGGAUUAUACACAUUUUAUCUCAUGUACUGGUCUUUGCCUGUGAUAUUGUAUCCAAGAAAUAAAUUUUAUCCAAAA